AUGCAGCCGAUGCAUGAUCCGGAACCCACCAAAAUUAGCGAGCGAUCUUGGUUGGAUUCACCAGCCGCUGACCCCGUACCGCUCCCGCCGAAUGAUGUGACUUCCCAUCCGUCUCCGCCUUUGGUUGCUCCUACUUCGAAGAAGUAUCAAUGCCCGAUGUGCUUUCUUGACAACAGCCCUGUGGGCUUUGGACGCAAAAGCGACUUUAAGAAGCAUCUGCACAACUUCCACGGUGCUGAUGUUAUCUGGAUCUGCCGCACCAAGGGCUGUCAUCUUUCCUUCUCUACUGAGAGAGCGUAUAGCACUCAUGCCAAAGAGGCACAUAGAGUGAAAGCUUUGCCGAAUAGCACAGCACGAACAGAGCUAUGUACCCAGCUUGUCUUUUCGUGUGGGUUUGCCGCUUGUAAAGAUCGUUUGUUUGAAUCGCAAUCGGCUGAAGACGCCUCUGCAACGCGGGACAAGCACUUUGAACACAUCGCCAAACACUUCGAGGACGGGUUUGACGUCAAGGAUUGGGAAUACAAAGUACUGAUUCAAAAUUUGAUGAGACAGCCACAAGUUAAAUCCACCUGGAAGACCUGUAUAUGGCCCAAAGAGAAGCGACAGGGGUUACAUUGGCGGCCACGGUCAUCAGGGGAUCUUAAACGGAUGCUUGAAUGCCGUCACCUUGGGAAUGAUAUUUCCAACCUGGUUCGGCUGGCCUUUAUUCUGGGCACAGCUCCCUUCACGUCUCCAGUCACGCCUCCACCAGCAGAAAUCGACAUAUACUUUCAACUUCCUUACCGAAAUCAUUGUCUGAUUAACUCCCCCGGACACAACGCUGCCAAUGCAGCAAGCCCCAAGCCCGACGAUGACACUUCUUCGAUCCUAACCACGACGAAACGCCGAUCAAGCCGCUCAAGCAUAUCCCAAUCUGUUUUCAGGUUACCCAGUCGAAAGGGCAAACGAUCAUCGCGUCCACCAACUCCCGCUAGUGUUGUCGGCCCAAGUACCACACCUGCCGGCUCUGCCGCCAGCUUUACUAGUGUACCUGUGAGCGGCCCUAACGGGAACGUUGAUACCGUCAUGGGUGACGACUUGCCAAGCGGCCCUCACCCUGGAACGCCCUACCCGAUCCCAAACGAAUCUGCCUGGCCGGCCGAUGCUCCACAGUUUGCUCCCGAAGUGCAGCAAGACCUACCAAAGCAAAUCAACACGCCUGUUCAUGGUCCGAUGAUGUACGCAAUGCAGAUGGAGCAGAAUCCUCACCAGUCUUGGUGCACUAUGGAAUCCUUUGACCCCUACCCUCCACAAGUUGAUAUUCCACAUGGCCUAUAUGAUUAUGAUUACACAAUGAAUGCGAGUCAAACGUCAACGGUUCGACCAGCAACUCCAGUUCCCCACAAGCGACCAGCUUCGUGGAACAGAGUGGUGAGCAUGGAAAGUCUUCGACCAGCCAAAAAGGCAACCCCUCAUGAGAGCAUUCCUCCAGAAAUGGUACCUACAAUGCUGGGCAUGUAG